AAACGGAAAUACGUCAUCACACUGACAGCACGCACAGCUGGCGGGAAAUCCUGGAUUAUGAACACCGACUUAAUGUUGGUUAUCGUUAUCAAAACAGCUGUGUUGGGAUCAGUUUAAUGUAAAUGCGUCUUUUUCAUCUUGUUAAUGUUCCGGGUUUUCGCUAUCUGACAGGAAAAUGGUUCAAAUAGUCAUAAGAUCCAGUGUGGAUGGCAGCAGUCCUCCAGAAUGGCUGCUGGUGGAGCUGCAGGGAGAGAUGGUUUCCAGACACAACUCUGGUCUGGCAGGAAAUGUGAUGGGAGACCUGAUGUACACCAAAGAGGGGGUGCCAGUGCUUAUUGUUGGACAUCAUAUUCUGUAUGGGAAGCAAGUCAAACUGGAGAAACCCUUCGCUGUCCUCACAAAGCAUUCCAGCCUUUUGCAGGAUAGCCUGGGCAGCCAUGACAACGAUGAUGUCACACCGGUACCUAUGGAAACAAACCAGCAAGGACCCACCUCCACCUCCUACUCCGUGUCGGCCCUCAUCAAACGGAAGCUGAUCUUUAAGACGCGCCCAAAACCCAUCAUCACUAACGUACCCAAGAAGGUGUAGCGUGACUGCGAUUUCCUCACUGGGUUAGAGGUGCGUUAUUAUGGAACCCACGCAUCAGAGGUCCUGUGUGUGUGUGUGUGAUGGGAACAAACUGAUCUGGACCCAGGCUUAGAAAAAAAACUGAGUUUAAAAGCUUGUACUUCAGUUUAUGUCAUCCAGCUCUGAUAUGAUGCAGUUUGAUUAUACAUUUGUUGUACAAUUGAUCAAUACCUGCCAACCUUUAACCAGAACGGAUUCCAGCGAGAGACUUUAACGCGGCUCCUUGCAUGUAUGUAUGAAUGAAUGUUGUAUUGUUUCCCUGAGAUUCGUAGAAAACGUUUAAUACCCCAUGAGGGUCUAAAUGCUGUUUCAAAGGCUUUUGCACUCUGACAAGAAUCACAUUGUGGAUGGAAUGCAGAAUAAUCUUCUGUAAAAAAAAAAUAAAAAUGAAGAAUUUUGGAGA